GGAUGCUGCAUCAGCGCAGUGCUAGUCGGUGAUCGCAGAUUAAUCACGCGAAGACUGAAGUUGAAGGGGCGUUAAAGUGUGAAAAGUAUACUCAAUCAACUAUGAAUUGACAGUAUAUUUUGGUCUACAAUAUAAUGGCGAGUGAGCAUGCCGGAAGGCCACGAGUUAGGCAGAGUUCUUUUCGUAAGAUGAUCAAUGAAAUCUUGGAUGAGAGAGGCCGUGACAAGCUGUGCCGAUCGCUCCCGAGCCAAGAUGGUUUUGGUCGGAUUCCAAUGGAGGUGAACUGUUUCUGGGCGAGGCUCUUCUCUCAGCAUUUCGUGGCAGAGGUACCAGAAGAAUUAAGAGAUGACUUGCUUUUCUUCAUCCAUCGGAAACAACCCACUUCAAGGCAAGACAGACAGCAAGCUAGAUUGGAGGUGUUCCGUCAGGAUUCUAAGAACCUUCCCAGUUUAGGAGAACCAAACAUCGACUGGGAAGAGACUGUUUAUCUUAAUCUUAUUCUUCAACAGUACAAUUACAUCUUGACGUGUGCGGUAUGCAUCAAGUCAGAAGGAACCUUGACGAUACUAAGGAAGCAUACAGAGCAGGUCUUUGCAAGCCCCUCUAGGCGGCGAAUGGACAGCAAGGGAGAAGAAUCAGAAGUCUCCUAUCCUAAUAUAUUCUUCAUCAUCGAUAACUUUGACGAGAUCUUUGGUGAUUUCACCGUCCAAGAAGGCCAGAUGUUCUGCGUGGAGCUGGUAGCGAGUGAGAAACAAGGUCCGUUCCGUAGCGUAGUCUUCCUUGGAUCAGUACGUCAUGAAGCUUUAAAGAAAGUCUAUGAUAAUAGAGCUAGUGUAUCUUCAAAGGUUGCGAGCAAAGUGUCCCUGGGGUUUUUCCAAGGAGGUCGAGGGCGAGUUGAGUUCAUACGGAUGAGAGGUCCUGAGGGGAAGGGGUUUGCGGAAGUUGCCGUCAGUCGGGCUAGCUGGUCUUCAUCGGUGGAAAGUAGCACAGAAGACGUGCAUUCGGCGUCCGAGAGUUUUGAUUCGACAAAUGAUGGGCCCUCUACUUCAUCAUCCAGCCUACCUCGGGAUGUCAUAAUAGGCUCACCGAUACAUAAAGGUUUACGCAAAUCACAGUCGGACAGCGAGACCUUGUCAACGUUGACUAACGGGAAGGAUGAGGAAGCAGCCUGCCAAUCAGAAGAUGAGGGACCACCAAGCAGUUGGAGUAGACGUUGGAUGAGACGGACGUCGGAUGCUCUGUUACGACUUACCAUGCGGAGCACUCAGGUACCCGCCCUCAACGUCCAUCUAACGUACGUUACUCUACCAUGGCAUAGGAUAAUAGCAGAUGUUCUGGAAGUAAAGAAGAAGCCAGUCCUAAGCUAGCACAUGGUUGCCAUGGAAACCCGCCGCCGUCGUCAUCCGAUCCAACUCAGGUUUUUAGAUAGUGUAGGGACCCCUGUACGAACAAGUCAGUAGCUAAGAAAAUCAUUUGAAUAUUUAGUACUUUACAGAAACGAUGACAAUAACUUUUGUAGCGCAAUAUCAAUUCUUAAUUUUCAUUCAGUAUAAGUAAAGGAAAAUUUGUGCUGCAUGUUUUAUUCACACAAAAAAUGUCAAAAAAGCUCAAAAUAUUGCUGUGGUGGGGAGAAUAAGUGCUGAAGAGGCUAUGGCAUUAUAGGUGAAGUCUACCCACAACAAAUAAUUGUUUUAAAAAAAAAAAUGAAAAAUCCAAACAAGUAUAGUGCUGAAAAUUUGGUCAAAAAUGGAUCUAAGAUUAGAAAUUAUUAUGAUUUUUUCUAGUUUCACACAAUUUCACAAACAGUUAUAUGCACAUCCUGGUCUGUAUGCAAAU